GGCCCGCAGCCUCCGCCAUCUUAGUAAGGUCUCUUUCAGCUACUUAGCGGCGUUUACAGCGUUGUGGGCUUUUUUUCUGUAUUGCCACUAAUAAUAUUUGCCUAUUUUAACCCUUUUUAUGUAUGGCUUGUCAGUGAAUGAAGCAUUUCAGGGGUUUUUAUAACCGUAUUUUGUCCCUCUUCCUCGUUAGGGUUGUUAGCCUGCUGGCUUCUUGCUAUUUAGUUAGCUGGCUAGUUAGCUGUGAGCUAAAUAAAACGAGAAUGGCAAUUCCCGCAAAAUGUGCUCAAUGAGUUAAGUCGAAGAAGAAGCACAGAGUAAAUUCAGCUGGCAAAAUGUCGCUUAGAAAAGACGUUUUCCAAGCGAAGGUGCUUCAGAGACUCUACCCUGCUGCCCCAAAGGCGAAAGAAAUGCUGGACUCUGCUGUCCACCGCCCUAAACCAGCUUCAGCUCCUAGAAGAGUUAAAGUGAAGCCUAAUAAAGAGACUGGUAGCGCUGGAGUGAGUGAUUUAGUAGGCAAGAAAGUGUACACUGUUCUCCCUCCUCCAGAAGACUACAGGCUUACCGGUGGAGAUGAAAACCCAGAACCCAUCAGUGCUGCAGACGGGACGGCCGUCAAUCUUUCAGGUUCAGAAGACAGUGAUGUCACUGAAGACGAAGGCCAUGUGAGGAAGAGAAGAAGGCGAAGGAGGAAGAGAAAGGCUGAUGAUGCCGGUGCUGGGAGAAUAUUCACCCCCCCACAAGAGGGUGCUCAGAGACAAGCAGAAGAAGCUGAGGGGGAAAAUGGACAGAAGUUGGAGGUCCUUGAGGGCCAGAAGGAGCAAAUCAGCAAAAGCAAGAAGAGGAAGUUGAAAAAGAAACGUCAGAAAGAGAAGCUCCGCUCCCUCGGCCUGGCACCGCAGUCCAGGCCCCUGGAGUUCACCUACAGACAGAACAAGGGAGAAGAGGAGGAGGAAGAGAAUGACGAAGAAAACAGCCAAAAAGUAGAAGAGAUUCUGGACUUCCUGCGAACCACUUGGGACAUCUACCUUUCAGAUCGAUCCUGUACUGCAGGCAGACCCUCUCUUUCUCUGAGCACAGCGGAGUCACUCUUCACUUGUCUGUCGGAGGGGACGGCGCCCCCUGCUGCUGUGUCCGGUCUGUGCACACUGAGGGCCCUGCUGGGCCAGAGGGAUGUGGAGCGGUUAAACACGGCUCUGCAGGAGUUCAGCCACACCUCCACACUGACCACAGAUGAAACUGUGCUGGUCUGCACUCUCUUCCAAUACUGGGUAACAGAAGUUCUUCCCAUGCAGACAGAAAAGAAGACGUGACAGUGGCAGACAGCUUGUAGCAGGAGAACCUUUUACAGAACCUUAUCCAGCAGUUGGGUUCCAGUGCCAAACAAACACACCUGAUCAAAAAAAUCAAGGUUUUCUGGACUGCCUUAACAUUACAGAGAGGAAUAGCCAGCCCUAUACGUGAGGACAUUCUACAGAUACAGUAUUUGGACACUUUAACCUUUUAACAAUCGGUAAGCUUUAAUGAUCUUUAAGGUUGUAAAAUAAAAUGUUUUACGAAAUGAUGUUUCAUAGAGAAACACUUUUAGCACAACAUCAAACAGAUGGGAAGACUCUUUGUGUGGAGAAAGGCUGGUGAAAAUCUCCAACCAGGCUGCACUAAGAGCUCUGUAAAGCACAGAGGAGGAAACAUCAAAGUCUGGGGCUAAUUUUCUUACAAUGUCGGAGAGGUUGCAUUGAUGAGAUCAUGAACUUGGUUGUGUACAGAGGCUUUUUGGAUGCAGACCUGCCAACGUCUUCAGAGACACUCCUCAAACGAUAGCAGCCUAAAACACAACAGCCACCUUUUGAAAGAAUAUUUCACAAAAAAAGAAAAUGAUGGUCUUGGAAUGUUCUGUUUUUAAAAUAAAUGCAACUUGGUCUGAGAGUUUUGCGGUACAAAUGUCCACGUAAUUUUUUGCAGCAAUUGUAUGGAUGAAGAAUCAUGGCAGUGUAUUCACUGCCAUCUCAACCUGAAGACCAGCCUGGAUUUUUUUUUUCCCAAAUCUAGAUGAAUUUUACUAGGCCUUGACUAAACGUAGC